AUGGAAGUGUUCGGUGUUCUUGUUCCUGUCGGAGCACGUGAGUAUUUGCCUAUUUUCUGGAUUACCUCUUAUUUGAAAUAAUUGAGACUCAUAAACAACUUGCGCAAAUAGCAGAUAUUAUGAAUAAUCUCGUGUAUGAUUUUUUUAAGCGAUCUGUAGUAGCUGUAGAAAGGCGCACAGCAAAAGGGUCCAGAGUAAUUGGCCGUGGCUACAAGGAGGAAACGCGAAUGCGGGACCACGCGAUGAAGAUGAUGCAGUACUGCUGACUAGGUAUCUUUAAUAUAAAUAUUCUUGUUUUUGACAUUAAAAUGCGCAAAAACAGUUAUCCUCAGUUCUUGUCAUAGCUCAAACACAAUUCUGUUGGCGCAAGAUAAGAUCGUGAGAACGCUCGUUCGGGAUUGGCUAGCUUAGCCCUGUUUGCGUUGUAAUAAAAAGCCGACAUGCUUUGUUCCAUCCACCCUCUCGGUACUCUGAAAAUACCCCAAGAACGGGACCAUUAGAGAAACGUAAUUGUUGGUAACAACAUAAAGGAGCAUUUGUAUCCAGGAAAAAAUACCCUAAAAGUUUAAAAAACGAGCCUAAGGGACGGACCAUUAAAGAAACUAAAUUGUUGGUUACAGUAUAAAGGAGUGUUUGUGUAUAGGAAAAAAAUACCGUAAAAGUUCAAAAACGUGAAAAAAGUGUUGUCGAUCACCUUUUCAAUCACUUUAUAUUGUUUGUCCCAAACAGCAUUGCGUUCAGACCUGCAAACCAAAAUGUGGUAGCUUUUAUUUUUUUAUUUGUUUGUUUAAAUGGCACAAUCGCUUUAUUAUCGAUAUGAAAUGCCCUCUAAUAACAAUUUCUGGGUGUAGGCGUGGCCGUCGGGGUGAUUUCAGGCAUUAGAAGAGAUAUGCCUCUUAUAUGCUGCUAAAUUCCAUAACUUGAAGUUUUCGGAGGGAAAUCACCCUAGCUUCCCUUUAGCAGUAGGUCUCUUGCCAGUCGCUUUUCCAUCAUUGUCAUGUGGUAAUGCCUUCUUGUGUCUCAUAUAGGAAGAGCAAAGACAAGGCCUUGGCGGAGAUGCGAGAGAUCCCACCAGACACCCCAACUGUUUCCACACCACUUGGUGACUUCCCUUGGACACCUGGACAAUGGCUCAAACUAGAGUCAGUGGACGAUGACAGCACAGGCGAGGACAUGCAGACUUUUCCAGACCAGACAUUUGAGGUGUACAAUACCGCAAUGGCUCAAAUCGCUGGACUGUCCGAUAUCAAGAUUUUAGAGCCGUUGACCUUUAGGCUGAAAGUGGACUGGGGCACUGCGACAGAGAAAGAAAAGCAGAUGUGCGAAGAGAAAGUUGACGACGCCUGUCGGGCAGUGUGUAAAGUGAUCGCACCAAGCUCUAGCGAGGAGUUGCUGAAAUCGUACGUGAAGCGUGCUUCCAGGUCAGAUAAAGAGGUCGAGGCACUGACGUCAGCCUACAGGCAAGCACCAACCAAGAAUCUGAAAACACAGAUCCUAAGUAUAUAUGCCUUGCGCUAUACGUCACACGAACUGAAGGCAAUGCACGCGCCCUUUGAGAAGCUCAGUGAUCGCCAAAUAAAGAAAGCAAGAACACAUGCAAAAACUGUAGGAGUUGGGCUCGAAGUUGAAAAAGUUCCUCAUUACAGGGUACGCAUUGAUAGGUCGAAACUAGAACACUUUUUGGAUUUUGUUGACCAGCCUUAUUUUUAUCAAGAUGUUUCUUUUGGAACGAGAACAGUUAAGCUGGACUCAGGUCAGCAGAUGGUUAUGCCUAACGUAGUCAGAACUGUAGGGCGUUCAACAAUGAUUGAGCAAUAUCAUCAGUGGUGCACAGAAGAAGACUAUCAGCCUUUAGGCAGGUCCACCUUAUACAGGAUAUUGAAAGUGCGAGAGGCAUCACAGCGCAAGUCACUCCAGGGCUUAGAUAACACGGCAUCAAGUGGAGCAGAAGGCUUUGACACCCUCAAUAAAAUAGUGGAUGACUUGGAGCAGUGUGGUGCACGCCAUAAAUGGUGCGAGGGAUCUCGGGAUAAUCUAAAGGGAGCAAAGCGCUACUUAAAAACGAGCUACCGUGCGCACUGUCGUGAAGACAGCGACAAUCUGUGUGCUGAGCACUGCAGAGAACACGCACUUAGCGAUACGCAGUGCUUAGAGUUCAAGACAUCCUGUACUCAUGAUCAUAUGGAGCUGUGUGAAAGCUGCGACAGUCUCAGGAACACACUGGGCUCUGUUUUGUCUGAGAUUAAAGGUUCACAAGAUGUCCAGUUCUACAGCAGAGACCAGCAAGAAGACAUGUUGUACGAUGCUGCUCAAGCACAGGACAUGGUUCUCCAGUGGAAGGCCCACAUCCUAAGGGCAGAGAAUCAAGAUCGCGCGAAAACUGAUGCCGUUAAUUGCCUUCAGAGUGAUACCAUUCUCAUAGUGAUGGAUUGGGCCAUGAAGUUUAUACAGAUGAAAUACCGCGAGAAACAAUCAGAAUGGUAUGGAAAGCGUGGGAUGAACUGGCAUAUAAGCUGUGUCCUAUCAAAACCAGCAGACAGAGAACAGCUUGAGGUUACUUCUUAUGUGCAUCUCUUUGACAAUUGUGCCCAAGACUCUUACACAGUUUACGCGAUAAUUAAGCAUCUCUUGAAGACUCUGAAAAUCGCCAACCCGCACAUCAGCAAAGCCUUGCUGCGUUCAGAUGGAGCUGGAUGUUAUCACAACAACAACCUGAUUGCUGCUUUGAAUGAGGUUCACGUUCAUACUGGCAUAAGUGUGUUAAGGUAAUUGCUUUAUUGUUUAUAUCUCUUAUUGUACAUCGUAAACAUUUUACUACUCCGAGAUAUCAGCUCAAGGAACAAACAUGCUACAUUCAUAUAUUUCAUAACCUCUGUGCGCUAAGUAGCCACGUGCGUAUUUUUUAUUCUCCAUUGCGUUUCACUGCAGAGAUCAUAAACUCGUCACUCUGGAUACCGAAAUAUGCAUGCGCCGGAUGUGAUUUGUAUAAAAGAAAACGGGAAAGUAAAAUUCAAUUCUUAUCAAGGGGAUGUUUGUUUCGAUACUUUAAGGAUUAAUCAGAUAACAACAACUUCCAGUAAGCGCUUUCACCCUUGAUUUCUAGGUAUGACUUUUCGGAGCCGCAGUUCGGGAAGGAUGUGUGCGACCGCAUCAUCAGCCCCCUGAAGGGCGUGGUCAGACGCUUCUGUAACGAGGGUAAUGAUAUCCUGUCGGCGGCAGACAUGCGUGAAGCGCUCAAGGUCCGACCAGUGAAGGGAUGCACAGCUGCUGUUUGCGAGAUAGAGCGCACUGAUCAAGAAAUCAAGGUAAACCGCAUCCCAAACUUUAGCACCUUUCACAACUUUUCAUAUGAGGGAACUGGGCUGCGAAUGUGGAAAGCCUAUGAUAUUGGAGCUGGAAAACUCGUGCUGUGGUCAGACCUAGACGUCCAAGUUCCCGGUGCAAUAACCUUGAAACCUGCCACCAACCAACUACAGUUCUGGGAUGUUCAACCUAGGUGUGUAAAACUACAAGGAAAGACGAACCAAAGUGUAAAGCUUGACACAGAAACUGCGCUAUUCGAAUGCAACGAAGCCGGCUGCUCACAUUCAUUCGAUAACUAUGAUGCCUUACAGGACCACAUCAACUUUGGCAAUCAUGAUCCCAUCAGCACAAAUCAAGAAAGUGUUUACGACAAGUUGCGUCGCGAGUGGGUUCGGAAAUUCUCAGCAAUGUCAGUAAGUGAGCAGAAACCGAAGCAGCCUACAUCAGCAAAAAGCACUAUGACAGCAACUCAUGCGGAGUCUUCUGAAGCCGGAUGGGCCUUGCAGAAACCGAGGGGUAGUGGGACAAGGUUCUCAGAGAACGUAAAGUUAUAUCUCCAAGCCCGAUUUGACGUCGGAGUACAAACUGGAAGAAAGUCUGAUCCAGUUCAAGUGUCAGCGGAUAUGAGAAGCGCCAAAAACCAAGACGGCACUAGAAAAUUCUCGAGAGACGAGUGGCUGACGAAGAUACAAGUUCAAGCCUUCUUUUCCCGACUUGCUGCAGCGCAGAAGAAACAGGUGACUCAGAGACACGUGGAAAAAGACGACGAAAAUACUCUGCUGGAUGAAGAUCUUGCACACCUGGACCAACAAAACAAAGAUAAGGAUGUUCAAGAGGUGCUGUCGCAAAUAGGACUGGAACAUCCGAUCACAUAUGAUGGCUACGACAUCUGCGAUCUGGUCAAGACUGAGGCAUUGUCGCGCUUUACUGUGAAGGAACUGAGGGUCAUGUGUGACCACUUUGAGCUGCCACGUAAAUCAACGGACAAGAAAGCCGCUCUGAUUAAACACGUUACCGACAUGGUGGAAGAGUGUAGCUGCUCAUAA